ACCCUCAAAGCCCUGCUGAGAACUUCUGACACUCCGAAAUGUCCGGAAACCGUCGUUUAACCUACCGUGGAGACGAAGAAGAAUUUGAUGAAGAUUGUGGUAUUCUCUAUAGAAAAAAGAAUUUGACUGUUUCAAGUGACAUAAAUAAGAAAUUAUUAAAAAAGGAAACCUGGAAAUGCAAAAAGGUUGUUACAAAAAAGCCAAAAGUAAAGCUUGCAUCAGUUCAUGCUGAUGUAGGCAGCGUCAUAGACAUGAUUGAAACAUAUGACAGACCAGGAGAUGCCUAUGCAGAAAGUACCUACGCUCGAGCUGGAGCAUAUGCAAACUCUUCGAAAGACGAACCAGGAAAGAGGAUUCCCAAGGCCGGAGUCUAUGCAGAAGCAGGACUUGGACGAGCUCGAGCUGAAUUCAGUGUGUUUGAGGCCGAAGCCAAAGGACCCAACGCCUCGGCCGGAGCUGGAGCCAGUGUGGUUGAGGUCGGAGCAAUGGCUCGGGCAGAAAUAGCCAGCGCAUCGGCUAAAGCCGGUCCAGUUGGUGUGAAACUGGGACUUGGAGUCGAUACGGGAGCAUCUGUUGGUGUGAGUGGGGUGGAGGCCAAAUUCCUGGGAACUGGAGUCUCAAUUGGUCCAAAAACCAGUGUCUCUGUCGUGGGUUCAGAAGUGUCCUGUGCAGUCAUGUAGUCAUACAGAUUUUUAUUUAAUGCAUUGUUUUACUGUCAUUCCCAUGUGUGUAACUGUUGUAACGUGUCCACCGAACUUUAUAGAGAUUUUCAACAUCAAUUUUUCCACUUAUGCAAAACAGAUUUUCCAUAAGAUGGUGAGCUCCGUGUGUUUUUUCUCAUUAAAUCAUUAUGGCUAAAAAUUUCUAUAGCUUUUGAUAAUUUAUUUUUUUGUAAUUUUGACUAAAACACAUCAUUAUAUAAGAAUAGCUCCGACUUAAGAAAAUAUUUUGGGGUGUUUGUAUGGAAAAAAGCUUUAUAAGCAUUAUUCCACAAGAUUGUUAUGUAGACCUACAUUCUGUAGCGUAAUUAACUUUUUUGAACAAAAAACAUUUGAGUUGUUGCUUUUGAAACCUGUGUGUUGCGCAAACCUGUUAAAUCGACCUCUUCAGUGAAGAUUCAAAAAGUUGUUAAAAUGAAUAAAGAAUAAAA